CCCACAUGGGUGAAACCUUUAUUCACACAUACUUUACAGCAGCGUGUUGGCAAGGUGCAGCUGACUUGUCGGAGCAGACCCGUAAUGAGCACAUCAGAACAGAUGAAUUGCUAGGAAUUUAAAAACACAUUACAAGUCUCAGGACUGUUACGCUGGUGCCAAAAACGAAGUCAUGUCUGCAAGGAAAAAGAGAUUUGGGUCGCGACGCACAUUAGCAAACCGUAACAAUCCAUCUGAACCAGGCCAGGCGCCUCCGGCACCACAGAUUUUGGAGGAUGCUGGGUCGUCGCAGCCCUCGCCUGUUGGUCCAACAGAAAAUCCGGGAAAAGAAGCAGAACCAGGCAUCAGCUCAGGAGUUAAUGUUCGUGAUUCUGUGGCUGACUUUCGUCAACACCCUGCAGAGGAAGGCGUGCAGAACAUGACUCAUGAAAUGACACUGUCAGCGGUGGCUCAACCUGAAAGAUGUGUCGAGUUGCUUCAGGCAAGUGAACACAAGAUUGCUUUCUCACAUGAUGGUGAAAGGGAAAGGACGAUUGACUCCCAAGAUCUCAGCCAUUUGCUAAAGGAGUCAGGCGAAGGACAGGAUCGUUCCCCUCGUGCUGCUGACCAAUUGACCAAAGCACUUUCAUGGCAAGAUGAAUUGUUGAACAGUAGUUUGCAUGUUGUCGAGGAACAGUUGCCUGCAGUGCCAGAGAUGUCGAGUGAAACAAGUGCCGGAAACUACGAUCGAACAGCCAAGCAAAGAGAUGAAGUAAGCGUGACACACAAAGUCCCGGUCAUCUCUGUGAAUCAGGUGCUGAGUGAGCAGGAGCCAUUGGACACAAAUGAGUCAAACAGUGAGGAAACUGAUGACAAGCCAGCUACCAGUGAGUCUUCUCUGUCACCUCUGACGUCCUCUGUGCUUGACCCUCAAUGUAAAGAUCCUGUAGAGUAUGAUAGUGAAGAGGAGGCUGCAGUGUCUCAAAUCCCUCCAACAGUUGACUCCUGUCAGCUGCAGGAGAGCACUCCAUCAGAGCACGAUGUCACCGUUUCAAAUGCUCCGGCGACUGGUCACGACUCAGUUAAGAUGGGAGGUGAGGUCAAUGACCAUGGAGAGGAAGUCAUUCCUGAGAGUUCAGUUGGCAGCGCUCAAGUUGAUGAAGAGCACAUCAAGUCUCUUAACUCUGAUGAUCAGCCAAGGCCCUCUGUCAGUCAUGAUCUUUCUGAGCAUCUGACACCCACAGCAGUUUCACGUGAAGAGCCUACAAAUAUUGAGACCAAAUAUAAAGACUUAGAGGCGUAUGACACCUUACAUUUUGUGAGUGAGGACCUUUUGCAGCUGCAUGACAGAAACAGCCAAGAUGAGAACCACAGUGACGGUGUGAAUGCUUUAUCUGAAAAUGAGGAACAGCGUGAGCAGUUCACAUACUCAGAAGACAAGGUCGGUCACUUAGUGGAUGAGCUACACGCCCUCAGAGAAAAUCGAGAUCCAGUUGAGGGUAUUUCCUCAGGGAAACCAGAGGACCUUACCCUGGAAGGAGCAUCAAAUGUGGAGGACACAGCAGACAAUAAAGCGAUGAACAUCAUUCAGGAAGCUCAGAAUACCAGCCUGGAUGAUUUGGCUAUUGGAAAUCUUGUCCAGGAAAGACUUGAAAUUUCAGAGAUAAUAUCUGUAGAUGUACAGUCAAAUGUCGAGUCCAGCAUGGAUUCUCCUUACAGAACAGGAGAAACCAAGAACGAGAUCCCAAACCUGGAGUUGUCGCAGACAUUUGAGCGUGUGGCUGAGUCAUAUGGAGCAUUGGAGCACAAUCCCGAGGCGGAAAAAGACGACGCAACAUUAUUAGCGGAGAAUGAGGAAGACUUGACGUCUGUGCUCAGCGCUGAAGACACGAUCGUGGAACAGUGUGGAGACGAGGUGAAAUCGAACACGUGUCUUGACGGGCCGCCACAUGAAAGUGUGUCGAGCGCUGACGUCCAGACUGACACCGGGGACACUGAGCCUGAAACUAUUGAGGCCAUGGCAGACAAAGAAGUAUUUCCAAGAAGAGUUGAAAAUGACUCUUCGUCACCAACAAUGGAAUCUCAAAAUGAUGGAGAGAAAGCUGGAGUUGCAGCGGAUGACUCGUCCACCGAGGCAGACAAUCCAACAGUAAAUCUUGAUGAUGGAAGCCAUGAGGCUGCCAGUCUCCUGGAGGACACGAGUGAAACGGAAGCAAACUCAAAAACCGCUGAUGGUAAAUGGGAACAUGUGAUCGAGGGCCAGAUUGGGCCAAGUGCCAUUUCUGAAAGCGGCGUUAACAUCCCAGAUCCAGACGUUUCACCGUUGCCAGUUCACUUUGAAAUGGUGCAGGACAUCAGCUUGAGCGACACAUUUGAAAUUGUGGACUUCACCGAAGGCCACGACUUUGCCACCAAGAUUGUUCUCCGUGGAGACGAGAAGGACAGCGUGACGGUGUCAACGCCGAGCAAGGAUGAGCGAACUGCCCAGCAACACCUGGAGAGCUUCCCCAUGCUGGACACCACUCUCAACCCUGAGGUCGUCUUCAGUGAAGUACCUGAAGAUGGAGCUCAGUUAUCUGAAACGCAGCGUGUCGACAAUCGACCUGAACGUGAGAUCAUUGAUUUGAGUGAAGAUAUUGACACUUUGGCUGGGACCCUCCAGACUGACCGUGAGAACAUCCACAACUCAGACCAGAGUGAAAAUAUAAUGGAAAAUCAACCAACUAUUACACAUGAGGAGAACAGAGAAGAACCUAAUGUGGAGGCUACAGAGUCCAACAGCGAAGUAAAUGUUUCGGAUGCAAGCAACACGAGCUGGGACCUCAGUAGGAACCGAAGAAAAUUGGGAUCAAGUCGACGAAAUAAAGGCAGACAACCCAUCAAAAGCGACGAUAUCCCUGCGGAGUCGGUGAGUGCCAAAGAUCUGAGUCAUGUUAGUGACAUUGUUGACGUCGUGGGACAAUCCCCAAGCCUCACAGAAAGUUCUCCACGUUCAGUUCAACCUGAAAGUGAUUUGAGAGAAGCUUUAGAUACUGAAUCACAUAUGACAGAAACUCUACCUGAACCCAGUAUUUUCGGUCAUGAUGGUAAUGUUUUGGGCAGCGAGGAGCCAAGCAACACCUUCUCCAACCGGACGGGGAGUCGAAGAAAACUGGGAUCCAGUCGGCGAAAUAAAGGCAGACAGCCCGGCAAAAGUGCCGUUGCAGGUCCAGAAAGUCAUGAUCAUGCUCCACAGUCACUGAGUUACUGUGAUCUGAGUGAUGUUAGCGGCAUCGCUAACAUCGAAGAACAGUCCACCAGCUUCACAGAAGGUUCUCCACAGCUGGGGGAGUCCGACAGUGAUGUAAAAGUCAUGGACAUGCGUUCUGAAGAGGUGGCAAGUGAGUCUUCUUUCCUGACUUUGCAAUCAGACAACACAUCUCUACUAGAGGCUCAAGAUGAUGCAAACAUAGCUGAAGGCUACAGUGCGAAGGACAUGAAACAGAUGGGUCAUCAAGAGGAGACUGUAGUGGCUGGUGAAAUCCCACCGACCACCGACUCCAGUGAGAUGCAGGAGACGACCCCACCAGAGCAUAGUGUUAUUACUUCUACCAUCAUAGAUGCCCAGGAGGCCCAUGACAAAAAGGAGAGUGACCUAAACAAAGGUGAAGCAUUAACUCCUGAGGAAGACGUUUUAUAUCUUGUUCCUGACAGUUCAACUAAAAGCCAAGUUGUAGAUGAACACCAGGUCAAGGUUUCCAACUCGAGUGACCAGUCAGGCUUCCUCGCUCGUGAUCUGUCUGAGCAGUUGACUCCCACAACAGGCCCAAGUCAAGAACUUUCACAUGUAACAGAGAUCAAGGCAAGUGAAAUUUUGCAUGGUGUGAGUGAUGACUUUUCACCGCCGCAAAACCAGCCCAACAAAAACAGCAGCGGAGAUUACAAUGACCAGGCUGACAGUGCAAAUGUUUUAUUUAGUAAUGAGGAACAUAGACUUGCGAUGCCCUCAGAGGAGAAGGUCAGUCAGGCCAGUGAAGUGCAGACUGAGGCCUCAGACAACCAACAUACGGACCAAUCUCCUGUCUGCGUUUCGAUUGACACUCUGGAAGUUUCUGGAACUGACACUAUGGACACCAACAAGUUCACUGAUGCUCAUGCCGAGAAGCUCCCUGCAAGCCAAGCAGAUGUUUUGGAUCAAAGUGAAAAGGAGGAUGAACAAACCGCUGGCAACACAGAAACACAAAAUUCAGAAGAAACUCUGUUUAGAGAUGUUGAGAGUUGCUCUUCUGUACAGAUGCUCCAGUCUGAGCUAAACUCUCCUCUGGACGUCCAAAGUGAUGGCAGCCUUUUGAUGGAGGUGGAUGAGACAACCAAAGAUGGAAGUCAUGAUACGCUGGAUUUGGCUGAUCAAACUACUAAAUCAGGUAACCUGGGAGACCCAUUUAAAAUUGUAGACUUGACAGAAAGCACUGACUUUGCAACUAAGAUGGUUCUAUCAGAGGAAAAGGCUCAAGCCGAAAACAAGAGUGACAAUGCGACUGUGUCAACACCAAAGGAGACCGAUCGAACUGCGGAGCAACUGGAAAGGUUCCUCACACUGGACGUUAGUCUCAACCCUGAGGACGUCAUGUCUGAAGAUGGAGCUCAGUCACCUGAAACACGCCGUGCUCAAGACCAACCUGAACGUGAGGUCACUGAUGCGAGAGGAAAUUUUGACAGCUUGGUUUGGAACCAGAUUGAACCUCAGAACACUCACAAAUCAGACCAGGGUGAAGAUAUAAUGGAACCAGCCGUUACAAAUGACAAGAACUUAGAGGAACCUUCAAGUGGUGAAGGAAAUGUUUUGGGCGAAGAGGAGCCAAGCAACACAAGCUUGGACCUCCGUAGGAACCGAAGAAAACUGGGAUCAAGUCGACGAAAUAAAGGUAGACAACCCAUCAAAAGCGACGAUAUCCCUGCGGAGUCGGUGAGUGUCAAAGACCUGAGUCAUGUUAGUGACAUUGUUGACGUCGUGGGACAAUCCCCAAGCCUCACAGACAGUUCUCCACAGCUUGGAGAGUCUGAAAGUGACAAAAACAUCAUGGUAUCACUCUCUAAAGAAGCGACAAGUGAAUCCACUUUCCCGACUUUGCAGUCAGACAACACAUCUCCAGCUGACCCGAGAACAGUUCAACCUGACAGUGAUUUGAGAGAAGCUUUAGACACUUCAGGCGGAAAUCUGCUGGAAACCCAUGACUCACAUAUGACAGAAAGUCAACCUGAACCCAGUAUUUUCGGUCAUGAUGUUUUGGGCAGCAAGGAGCCAAGCGACGCCAGCUCCAACCGGACGGGGAGUCGAAGAAAACUGGGAUCCAGUCGGCGAAAUAAAGGCAGACAGCCUGGUGAAAGAAACUCUGCAGGUGGUAAUGAUGCAGAGGCAGUGAGUCACAAAAAGCAAAGUAGCGAUCACGAUGGAGCUGCUGCUGAAACAUACAUUCCUGAGUUGCAGCAAGAUGAUCAAAUACAUGGCAGUGCCGCUGCAGAUGGACAGCAUGGAUCAGGUGUUGAUCAACACAUGAAAGAAGAGGCUGCGCUUGUUGGAGAAUCUCAGCAUCUGGAUUUGACCCAAGAGCAGGAGGCUUUCUCUCAGGACUCAAGUGAAUCUCAAAGAAAAUCGCCGGACAAAAAAAAGGGCAGCGACGAAAAACCUCUCAUGGUUUCAGAGCUUUUCACAGCGCGGCAAAGUGGUUUAAACACCUCCGGGGGUGAAGGAAAGCCAUUCUCUGAGAGUCAACUUGUUGACAACUCUGCAGAUCUUUCCCAGAGUGGCACCACCCUCACAGGACAUGUUGAAAGACUAGACCUCAAACUUGCUGAGGAAGUCAGCACAAAUUGCCCAAGCAUUCAUGUGACAGAAAACCAACAACCUCCGGUGGAGGAGGAGAACGUUUUGGAUCGUAACAUGAGAGGCAUGGUUUCAGGAUUAGACCACUCAGACAGUGCAAGCCAAGGCGGUGAGACAUCUGACGGCAUGAGUCCAGUAAAUUGGGAUGCGCCUGUUUUGGGAGACUUGAAAGACUCGAGCGCAGCUUCCUCUCAAUCGCACAAGCACACACUGAUGUCCGACACUGGUCAUUUGGAAACAACAGAGGCGGGGUCACUUGGCACACCAGAAAAAAACAGUGAAAAGUCUGACCAGAAGAAAAGAAAGUUGGGCUCCACACGCAGGUCCCAACUGAACAGGAAGCACAGAGGCUUAAACACUGAGCCUGAUAACACACAACUUAUCAAUGUCACACGGGAGGAUGAAGCACGUGAGACUGCGUCCACAGACUUGUCAAAGUACCAAAAAGCAGAACUAUUACUCAGUGAUGUGGGCGAAGAGAAACAGGAAACAACUGAUCAACUCAUUAUUCAAGACCCACAACCUACAAUGCAAGACUCUUUGACACGUGAUGAGGCUUUCCUUCCUGACCAGGUCACCGCGCCAAGUCAGUCCGUUCAUGCCGGUGAAGACCGGACCACUGAAGUGGGCGUUUCCCAGCCUGACCACUGGACACAGAAUCUGGAGAGCAGCCUUGUCUCAUUUAAACCUGAUGAAGAUCUGAAAUUGUUCCAGGAAAACAGGCAGACCCUCCCAGUUGUUGAGGAACGGAUCCUUAAGUUGGAUGUUCAAGAACAGGAAACCUGGAGGCAGACAGGAUCUGAUGCUGCAGAUGUGACAGACACAGCAGACACUGAGAGUGAAGAUGCUCCAAACAGGAGAAGAAAGUUGGGGUCUUCACGCAAGACAUUGAGAGGUCCAUCAAAUCAGGAUGAGCUGAGCCAAACACAGCAAGUAGAGAGUGAGGAGACUGAAGCUGCAACUCAUCCAGAGAAUGUGCUUGACAAGGAAUUCACUGCUUCUGAACCAAACGAAGAAAACGCUGCUGUUGGCUUCAGCUUGACUGCAGACCGAGAGGCAACAACUCUUCUGACCGGUGAAGAGAGUGAAGCGGCAGUGUCACGGUUUGCUCCACAUGACUUGGCCACUCAUUCACCUGGAGGAAGGAGAAGAAAAAUGGGGUCCCAUCGCAAGUCACACGGAGGACUGAGUCACCAGAGGCAGACGAGGGAAACUUCCACUGGAGGCGAAAUUGAGACCAUUGAGGAAGAUGUUGAGCAGGACCCGAGGAGCAAAACUCAGGUGAAAGAAAUUCACGAGUCCACCAUCGAAGAGCUGGAUGGGGCCAACAGAGACGGGACGUCUCAACAAGAGAGGAAUCGCCAACGCUCUCCCCGUGAAGAUCAAAGAAACAGUUCUCUAGGUAGUUCUGUGGGCUUCAUUGGAGACUGUUACAAUGUCGUCAUGGUGGGAGACAGCAGCGUGGGCAAGACCUCCUUCAUCAGAAGAGCUCAAAGUGGGAAGUUUUCUCUGGAAAUACCUCCAUCUAUCGGUUUGGACACCUGUUUCUGGACUGUGAUUGUGGACGGGACGCCAGUGGUGCUGCAGUUGUGGGAUACAGCGGGUCAAGAGAGGUUUCACAGCAUCACCAGGAAUGUGUUUUAUAAAGCUCAAGCAUUUCUCCUGAUGUAUGACGUCACUUCCUCAAAGAGCUUUUCUAAUGUUCGAUACUGGGCCAGUUGCAUUCAGGAAGGUGCAGUGGGCGAUGUGAGCACAUUACUCCUUGGGAAUAAGUGUGACGAAGCAGUGCGACAAGUGACAACUGAAGAGGGGGAAACUGUGGCCACGGGGUACAACAUGACUUUCAUGGAGUGCAGUGCCGCGACGGGUCAUAAUGUCAUCGAGUCUUUGGAGGCCAUCGCCAGGCUGGUGAGUCAAAAAGCCAACAGAAGAGAAGGAAAUGUGGUGUUGAACGAUGACACCAAACGGAAGAAGAGAUCUGGAUGUUGUUGAAAUCCUCUGAGGCGAUGGAGCUUCUUUCAGCAUUUUCAGUUUGUCUGCUGCAUUUGUUUGCAGUGAAUUAUUGGCGGUUUAUGGGCGCAAUUUAUGACAUCAUUAGACUUGAGGCUGCGAUAAUGUUCAAUGGGAUUGUAGUGAAAGUCUUUUAUAUUACAUUAUUAAUCAAUUUGCACAACUUUUUUUUCAAGUUUUUAGAGUUUGGGAGUUUUGAUUAGAAAUGAACAAGUCGCUGCAUCUCUCUCACGGUUCUUGAUGCUAUUUUAUAAUGAUCAAUAAACAUCUUAU